CUUGACCCCUAGCAGCGGUUCGGGCUUACUGUUUGUGACUUUCUCAGAACGGGGUUGAGUCAUUUAACGAACAUCACAGGUAAAAGAUUCUGAUGGGUGUUCGAAGCAGAACUGUAUGAUAGAAGACGACCUAUAGAACAAUGGCUGCAAUGUCAGAUGACUCAGACUCCGAGACCAGCAGCAGCCUAGCCUACUACGAUAUACAGAACUCCACCACAAUACUGACGGGACUUUACUCACUUUACACCCACUGUGAGCUGACGGAUGUAGUAUUAGUUGUUCAAAAUCGAGAGUUUCCUUGUCAUCGCAAUGUCUUGGCUUGUUGCAGUCCGUAUUUCAAAGCAAUGUUCACAAGCGGUAUGCGUGAAAGCUCUUCACAUAAAAUCACCAUUGAAGAUAUUGAACCACUGGCUGUGGAACUAAUGCUGAAGUACGUUUACACAUCCCAUGUGGAUGUGGAUGGAGAUAACGUGCAGGCACUACUACAUGCGGCAAGUGUUUUCCAAAUGCCGAUGUUGGCCAGAGUAUGCACUGCUUUUCUGAAAUCACAACUUGGGCGCUUAGAUUGCUUCAAAAUACUACAGCUGGCAGACGUAUACUCCAUCCUGUAUUUAAAAGACAUCGCUAAUAGUUUCAUUCUGCAUAAUUUCUGUGAUGUCAGCAAAAGUGAUGACUUCCUGCAGUUGAACCGAGAUGCUCUUAUUGGUUACUUGAAAGAUGAUGAUGUGAUCGUUGAGAAUGAAGAAAUUCUUUGUACAUCACUGUUACGAUGGGUGGAGUUUAAUCUCGAGGACAGAGAAGAAGCUAUAAUAGAAUUGAUGAAGUUGGUGAAAAUAACAGUUGUGUCAGUGUCAUUCAUAAGAAAUCUUCUACAAAACAACUUAAUAAUGAAACAUUCAGAAGUUGUGAAUUACUUGACGCAGACAUUGAAAGUAAGAAGACGAUAUUUCGGUGAUGUUAACGAAACUGUGGUAUGUGAAGAAGAAAAUGGCAGUAUACCAAUCAGUGAAAUUGACCUGCAUGAUCCAAGAUAUGAAAGAGGUGUUGUAUUUACUUCCACUCGGAAUUACAACCAAUGCCGUCUUCAGCUAACCUACAUAGAUCCUUUAAAUGACCAGUAUGAACACCAUGCCACUGAACCUGAUAUGGGUGAACCUGUGAACUCGGUGAUAACAAUGAAUGAAACAGAAACAUACCUGCUGACUGGCGAACACUCCAUGUGGUACUUCGGAGCUGUUUCCAAACGCUGGAUAAAAAUCACCAAACAGAUCGAACACAAUGGCGGUACAGUUAUUAAUGUCAAUGAUAAGUUAUACAUUAUUGAAAACACUUGCUCGUUCGGCAAACUGUUGACUGAGAAUGAUGGAGGUCUGCUAGAAGUGAUUUCUCUUGUACCCGACAGUCGUUUCGAUGCUUCAGUUGUAGUGCAUGCUGGGAAGCUGUACGUGAUUGGUGGAGAGGAUGCCCAGUCAAGAGAGAGAUCUGACAACUGGUGCUAUGACCCAUCAACAGAUAGCUGGUUGAGACUCGCUUCUGCCCCGAUACCAUUUCAAAAUUGUCCUAGUGUUUCACUGAAUGGUUUCAUCUACGUCCUUGGAGUAAAAUCCUCAGCAAAUUUGGGCAAGCACACUGUAUUACGAUAUGAUCCAGACAUUGAUAUCUGGUGUAGAGUUGCUGAUCUGAAGUGUACUGGUGAAGUAACUGGGGCACAGGUGUUCAACGGUAAAAUGUAUUGUUUCAUUCUCACAGAUGAAGAGGCACUCUCUGUGCAUGAAAAGAUUUUGAGAACAUACGUAUAUGCAUUCAACAGUGAUAGUUGGAAUGAAGAUCAAGCAUAUGACAUUGGUAAUCCUGAAUAUGGCAUCUGUUUUUUGAAAUAUCGUGACUUUCGAGCAGUUAAGUACUUCGCCAAACAUCACUAUAUUGACUACCUUGGUGAAGGCAUGAAGGUUACUGUUGUAAAAUAAUAUCAGCCUGGAGAAAUGGUGACAGCUAAUUUGAUAGUAACAAAUCAGACAACGAACACUGUGACAGUGAGUAAAACAGAGACAGAAACAUUGAUAGCAACUGUGUCACAGUGAGAGAGAUUCACAGUGAGAGACAAAACUGACUGAAAAGUGUCAUUGUGAAUGACACAAUGUCGACAAUGAAAUCGACAAAUUCAGUGACAUCUUGACUGAAAAUGAAAACAUUGAAUGUUACAGAUUCAGUGACAUUGUGACUGUGACUGACAACAUAUCAACAUUAAUUAAAAGUGAAGGAUGCAGUUACAUUUUGGCUGUAGCACAAUGACAACACUGAAAAUGAAAGAGGUUACACAUUAAAAGUGAUAGAAAUUCAAUAUUGAACUUGACAGAUUCAGUGACAUUGUGAAUGAAACCAUAACUACAUUGAAAGUGACAGUGACAAUAUAACCGAUACAAGAACAAAAUUACAUG